GUUCGCAAUUCUCAAUCUCAGAGACUCCAAAUCCCUAAGUGAAGCACAAUCACAACAGAUCUCCAUCGAAGUUCUUAUUACAGCGCUCGAAUUCCGUAGCAUCCCAAGUUUUACGAUCUUAGUCAUCAUGAGAUUCAAGAAGGGGGACAAAGUGGAAGUGCUAAGCCAAAAGGAGGUGCCUUCUGGAGCAUGGCAGUGCGCUGUGAUCGUCUCUGGCAAUGGCCACAGUUAUGGUGUUAGAUAUGAUUGGUCUCCUAACGUGGGAGGUGAAGCAGUUGUGGAGAGAGUCCCGAGAAAGGCUAUUAGGCCUUGCCCUCCGCCUGUUCAAGGUGCAGAUAGUUGGGAGGUUGGCGAUGUUGUUGAGGUCUUUGAUGUUGGUUUCUGGAAGAUGGCUAAGGUAGUGAAGGUUUAUGAUGAAAAUUAUUACCUGGCCAGGCUGCUUGGGUCAUUCGAGGAGUUAAGGAUCCACAAAUCUUGGAUCAGGGUGCGUCAAUUGUUGAAAGAUGAUAAAUGGAUUGUGAUUGGUAAGGUAAAUUUAAGAAUAAAGCUGCCGUCUGGAAAUGGUGGCUUACCUUCUCCAGAAAACAGCAGUUGUCAGGAUUCCUAUAUUGUCUCGUCUACUUCAUCAAAGAGAGCUUGCCCAUACACUGAAGAAUAUCCCCAGAAGAUGAGAGCUAUUGAGAAAGAGUGUGAGCAUCAAGAAGUAUUUUAUAGGUCCCCAUCUUCACUGCUAAAAAAGGUAGAUAAUGUUGCUUACCCGAGAGCAAAACUGGAUGAAAAAUACAUGCGUGCUUCCUUUCUUUAUCCUACAACUCGAUAUUUUGAAAAGGAGAACAUAAUUUCUAAUGGUGCUAAUUCAUGUUGUGAAAGAAGCUCGGAAGUUAGUGAUUGUGAUACUGAUGCAUGCUCUAUUGAGUCUGUUGGUAGUUGUAGUGUUAAUGGUAACCAUUCAAGUAAGAUGGCUGGUUAUGAUUUAGCAGGUAAUUGUGAAGAAGCGGAUACCCUUUCUAGCGAUGCAGACUCCUUUUCUAGUGGUGCAGAUCUGGUUGAAAAUGUUUCCCUUCCUCUGAAACUUGAUAUAGCAGCAACAAUCCAUAGGCUAGAGUUAGAUGCUUAUCGUCGAACUCUGAUGGUAAUGCAUGCUUCGGGGUCCUUAAGUUGGGAACAACAAGAUUUAUUGACAACGCUCCGUAUGUCUUUACACAUUUCGAAUGAUGAACAUUUGAUGGAAGUAAGGAACUUAAUUUCUGCUGGAACAAAUCUUUCUAAUUUUCAUCACUAGGAUAUUCAAUACUUGGCUUUACUGCCUUUUCUAUACUGUAAAGCAUAGAAUGAUUUGUUAGAGCUUAGUAGUGUAUUGAUUGAAACAUGGAAAAUUUGUAAUUUGGGAAUUAUGUAACUUAGCGUAACGGAGAAGUGGAUAUUUCCAGGUUC